AAAGCGCAGAGGAGACACCGCGGAGAAAAAGAGGGGGAAGAGAAAACAGUUAGAAAAGAAAAGAGAACAUGGGGACAAACAGAUUUAGUUUGUCUGUGGCACUAUCCUCCGGCGCUGGGCUGUAGCUUUCUGGAGUUGAGUCAGAAGCAGCUGCUCCAUUAAGUCAGACAACAUGAGGAUGAGAAUGACAAGGAAUGGAGGAAAUCUUUAGAAAUCCUGCUACUAAACUGCGCCGUGCUGUCGGGUUUAAGGUUACAGCUGAAACAUAAGGACAUAAAAACUGAGGAUGGUGCUCGUGUAACUGAGGGGAGGCCUUCUGCUAUCACACUCGUCGUGGUAUCAGAGUUUUUUUGUUUUUUUUUUCUGAAAAAUUUCCAGAAGAAGGAGGUAAUUUUACUGCAGUGAAUUCCUCUGGACGGGAUGUCAUUCUCAGUCGGGAGGAGCUCCUCCGGCUGACUGAGCCUCCAGCACAGCAGCAGCGUAGCGGGUCGCAGACUGAGAGACGAUGGGAGAUGCGGCAGAUGACAGAGGGAUGAGACGGACCUUUAUCGUCCCCACCAUCAAGAGCUUCGACCACUACGACUUCACUAGGGCCAAGAUAUCAUGCAGUCUGACGUGGCUGGUGGCCAAGGCUUUCGGCUCGGAUGAGAUACCAGAGGAGCUGGCUGAACCUUUCUACAGGGACCAGUACAACCAGGAGCACCUGAAGCCCCCAGUUGCCUGCCUGCUUCAGUCUGCAGAGCUCUACUGCCGUGCAGGAAGCCUGAUCCUCCGCAGCGAUGCUGUCAAACCUCUGCUGGGACACAACGCUGUCAUUCAGGCCCUGGCCCAAAAAGGCCUGUAUGUCACCGACCAGGACAGACUGGUCACAGAGCGAGAUCUGACCAGUACACCCAUACACAUGAGUUCCCAUCUGGCACUCAUUGAUACCCUGAUGAUGGCGUACACUGUGGAGAUGGUGAGUGUGGAGAGGGUGAUGUCCUGCAUCAACAGGUACUCAUCUGCUGAACCCUUACACGGGGAUGGACUUGUCCAAGAGCUGCCAUAUGACACAGAGGAUGCAAUCACCACCUGGAUUAACAAGGUGACUGAACACCUGAGGGACAUCCUUGUGGAGGAGCAGAAAUUAAGAGAGGCUUCCCUCCAAGAGUCAAACGCCACAACACAUAAAGCGCGGUACAGGAGGGAGCAUGCUCAGAGGAGUACUCCGUCGCUCCCUCUGGUGGACAACCUGCUGAAGGAUAACACAGACGGCUGCGCCCUCACUGCCCUUCUGCACUUCUACUGCCCACAGGCCGUCAGACUAGAAGACAUCUGCCUCAAGGAGACCAUGUCUCUAGCUGACAAUCUGUACAACCUCCAGCUGGUGCAGGAGUUUUGUAGGAACAACUUGAACCACUGCUGUCACUUCAGCUUGGAGGACAUGCUCUAUGCACAUGCAUCUAUAAAGAGUAACUACCUUGUGUUUAUGGCUGAGCUUUUCUGGUGGUUUGAAGUAGUCAAGCCGUCAUUUGUACAGCCCAGAGUCUUCGACCCAAACGCUUGUGAGCCUGCAUCAUCCUGUCGAGAUAUGCCUCCUGUGUCCAGUCCUGUCAAACAGAGCUAUGCAGACAGACCAUCCAGCCCAGAAAACAUCCCUGCAGAAGGUGUUAUGAAGAGAUCUACCUCCAUGUCCUAUGUUGAUGGCUGUGUUGGGACGUGGCCCAAAGAAAAACACUCAUCUUCUCGGGGAAUCUCCUUUGAAAUUCCCUUGGAUGGAGAUCCGACAUUGCCACCCUGUGAGCCUCCUUCUGUCCGUGGUAUGACCCGCUCAGCCAGUAGUGAUGGUCUGGGAUUCAAAGUUCACUAUGCAUCCAGAGGAGGCAUGAAACGCCACCUCUCCAUCACGCCCGUCAAUAUGAAUGGACAGGAUAAACAUAUACCCGAGGAGGAUGAGGACUUCACUUCCCACAAGCCCUUGGGGCGGAACAACACAUUUUCAGUCAAGAGCCAAAGCAGGUACUCCAAUGGAGUGUUACCCGACAGCAGCAGCCCCAAUAAACACCAUGGCAACCACACCGGCCAAAUCAGCCCAUCAACUCCCCCAAGCAUCGAAGAGGCCCUCAAGAUUAUCCAUGACACAGAGAGGCCCCAUGCCAGCAUGGGCAUUGGAGAAGGAGACAGUGGCUUUUUUCUACAUGGUGCAGAGCCUUUGGACCCUCCAGGGGCCCAAGGCCCAGGAGAUGACCCCAGUUCUGCUAAGGCACGGCUGAAUGACCGUGACCCCAACUCUGCAUCCACUGAUGAAAUUGACACAGGCAUCCAUGUGCGGACUGAGGACAUCCAAAGCUUGGACGAGGACUCUUCAUCUCUGAGAGAUUAUUCAGAUAUAGAUCCAGACUGUGAGGCCACAACCCGGUCAUGUCCGCUGCCUGGCAGGCCAGAGAAGGAGAGAAGUGGGGAAGGAGGAUGCAAGGGGGUUGGUGAAGCUAACCCUAAGAGUGAAAGGGGAGAUGACAGAAGCAGCCCCUGUCCGAGUUCAGUGCCUACACUCCCCAGAUCACACACAGUUAGUCCAGUCUCAUCAUCAGGGGGGUCCGGUGGUGGUCUGGUGCGGAUGACGAGCUUUGCAGAGCAGAAGUUCAGAAAAUUAGAGGGAAGAAGCAGCGGAGGAACCACACCAGAGAGUUCUGAUGUCAAUGUGCCAUAUACACAACCAACGAAAACCAUUUCUUCUCAGUUUUCUGCGCCUCCCCUGCCAAUCACCUCACCCUCCCCAGUAACUCCUUCACCAAGAGACCCUUCCCACCUCAUAGCUUCAGAGAUGAUUCAGCUGAGGAUGAAGCUAGAAGAGAAACGUAGAGCCAUUGAAGCCCAAAAGAAGAAGGUGGAGGCAGCUUUUACUCGACAUCGCCAGAAAAUGGGCCGAACAGCUUUUCUGAAUAUAGUUAAAAGGAAAGGUGUGACAACACCCCUCAGUUCAAACUCAGGAGGGGCAGAAACAGCUUCACCAGAACCAAUCUCGUCCCCGAAGCAGAAGAGCCAGGGCAGCUUGGAGCAGACAGAGCGGUGCAAACCAGACGGAGCAGCUCCCAAAUCCCCUUGUGAAGAGAACGGCGGUGGUGUGACACCAGGAGAAGUCGACCUUGCAGAAUACACACGCUCCAUUGAGAGGCUGAACACGUCACUGGGUUUUCUGCAGACAGAGAUGCAGCGUUUAGCCCAGCAGCAGGAGAAAAUCAUGGCAAUGAGAGACCAACAGCAGCAAGCGUGGGUCAUACCGCCUCCUGCUCCAUCUCCUCAUAGGCAGCUACGUGAGUUGCGCAGUAGCAGCGUAACUGGACGUGGAUCAGGCAGAGGCUCGGUUGGGUCAUUAUCCCCAAUCCUGUCGUCUACUGGGUCCCCCCGCACCACCAAUCGUUCCCCUGCCGGCAUCAAGCGAAGACCAGCCUCCUUCCAUGCCAGAACACCUCGGACCCCACGUCCAAAUGAUCUAAAGGUCACUCCCUUCAGCCGGAUGCUGAACACCCCCACCUCAGUGGACAGCUUACCCAGACUUAGGCGUUUCACCUCAAGCCAAAGCCAGCACAGCUCUUUUUCCUACCUCGGCCAUGACGCCGAACCUGGAGGAAGAAACAAUCAAGACACCAAGGAAAACAAGGACCACUCCAAGAACAGAGAGGAGAUGAAAAGUGAUGAAAAAGCAGCCAAAGAAAAGGAGCAACAGGAGUUAAGGACAGAGUUAACUGGAGCGGUUAAACAGUCGAAGACGACAGAGGUGUUGAGUCAGCCGGUGUCUGAGAUUAAAGGGGGUGCAGGCAGCCGAGUUCAGGGAGAACCCCAGGAGAGGAGAGACCUGGUGGAGGUGCCUCUUUCUGAGCUGAAGCCUCUAGAUGGUGAAGACCAGCAGACGGCAGGGGAAACAGGAGGAGAAAAUUAUGGAGAAGACCAGAAGAUGUGCUGUGGAUUCUUUUUUAAGGAUGACGUGAAAGCUGAGGAGGACAUGGCAGCAAAGAAAGCAGCUCUGCUGGAGAAGAGGCUGCGGCGAGAGAAGGAGGCUCAGGAGAAGAAGCAACAACAGGAGCUAGACCAGGAGGAGAAAAGGGAAGCUGCCCGGUUAAAAGCAGAGGAGGAGCAGCAGAAGAAGGACGACGAGAAGGCGAGGAGGGAAUACAUCAAAAAUGAAUAUCUGAGGAGAAAGCAGCUCAAACUGAUGGAGGACAUGGAUGAGGUCAUCAAGCCUCGAUCUGGAAGUCUCAAGAAAAAGCCACGGCCUAAGUCAAUCCACAGGGAUGUCAUGGAUACGUCUACUCCUCCUGUGAGGGGAACAGGGGUUCGUCCUCGUGGCUUCUCAGUGUCCAGCGUCUCUUUGGCAUCCCUGAAUCUGGCUGACAAUGACAGAGACCACUCAGAUAACAGGAAGAACAACAGAGGCAACAAACUUGCUUCUGCCCAUGUCCCGUUUUUUUUAAGCUCUCCCAAAGAAAGAAAGGGAAGACCGGACUCGGCAGAGGGCUUUUCUUCCUGCCCUUCAGCUGGUAGUCGUAAUGGAGAGAAAGACUGGGAAAAUGAUUCGACCACCUCCUCAAAUCCCUCCAACAAUGAGUACACAGGACCCAAACUAUAUAAGGAGCCUAGUGCCAAGUCUAACAAGCACAUCAUCCAGAAUGCCCUGGCUCACUGCUGCCUGGCUGGCAAAGUCAAUGAAGGGCAGAAAAACAAGAUACUUGAUGAAAUGGAGAAAUCAGAAGCCAAUAACUUCCUGGUGUUGUUCCGUGAUUCUGGAUGCCAGUUCAGGUCUGUAUACACUUACUGCCCCGAGACUGCGGAGAUCACCAAACUGGCUGGCAUCGGCCCAAAAACUAUCACAACCAAGAUGAUCGAGGCCCUGUACAAGUACAACUCCGACAGGAAGCAGUUCAGCAAGAUCCCAGCCAAAACCAUGUCUGCUAGUGUGGACGCCAUCACUAUCGCCAGCCAUCUGUGGCAGACCAAGAAGCAGGGGACGCCCAAAAAACACCCAAAGUAGUAGCAGAUGCUGAGGGAACAUCUGCACUUGCUGCCUUGGAACACACAGAAGUCUUUUGGAAUAUUUCUUUUCAUUAGAGGGACUCUCGUUCCAAUUGUGGUACAUCACAACUAGAACAUCAAACACGAUGUCACAGAUAGCAUGUGUAACAAUAUUAUCAUGUGCCAAAAAAUAAAAAGAAGAUAACAGGUAAGACAAUGCCUUACCUAGUUGAACCACUGAAGCACUGAAUGUCACGCCUCUCAGAGGCAGUUUGGUUUCUCUAAGUUGAUCAUGUGUGGCCUUAUGCUUGUUUUGUGUCAUGUGGAUGCACCGUGGGUGUUAGUGUCAUUUUGUGCGUGCCUGUUGAAGAAGUCCAUUUGUAUUGUGUACACACAAGUGUGGGAUGAGAUUGUGCUCCCUCUGCAGUCAUUUGGAAGGGUCACCCAUCUGUGAUCAGAGGCAGCAUUUUUGAUGCGAGGUUUUGCUGCUAUGCAGGCAUGUCAUUUUGCUUUUAUACAUGUUACUGACAACCUAUAAACAGGUAAAAUUUGUGUAUGUGUGCACAGUGAAGUGCCAAGCAGUGUGUGGGGCAUACCUCAGCUGGUGAUUUCAAUUACUUUCCUAUAGUGGGAGGUGAAAAGAUUAUUGAGCACGUGGAGUACCAUCGAACCAUUCUGUAAAGCACCUGCAAUAGAGUCUUAAUUUAUUUGAUUUUGAUAAUGAUUUCAAGAUAUUUUUUAAAAAAAAGCAUCUUACAUUUUAUUCAGAGAGCUGUAAUACACUAUAUAAGUUAAAUUAGUUUGUAUAUAAUGGCAGUUCAAUUCAAAAUGAACAAGUCAGCUUGUAGUAGCGUUUUAGUAGCAUUUAUAAUUUAACAUGUAUGUGUACCAGUACGAUGUUUUGGGGCCUUUUAUUGUGCAGCAAUGCAAAAAGUGUGAUCACUCAACAGUUUCACCAAUAGCAGUAUCAUGAAGAGUAGACUAGAUGGAAAUCCAACACUGUGUCAUCAGUUUGUGCAAUUUGAUAAGUCAUAAAUGUUACCAUUGACUAAGUUGCAGAUAGAAUAAGCAAAUACUCAAAUUGUCACUUCAAUGGGGUUACUGUUGUAACUGUUAGCUUCAGAUUUCCAUAAAAGUACUUCACAAUUGUAAAUGAAAAGAACAAACUCACCAAUGAUAGCACUUCAAGACCCUCUUCACUGUUGUCUAGUCAAAGAUGUUUUUGCAUCUGGACUGUCAUCCUUUUUACUUUACUUUUACUUUGUUUAUAUUUUUUAAUCAUGCAUCCUUCAUGUGUUGACACUGUACAGAUAUAUUUUGGCAUAUAGAAGUAUUUUUUGUAACAACAUUUAUCAGGUGGAAGUGUGUACUAAUGAAGCAGUACAGUUGUUGAAGGACGUGUGUUGGAUGCAAAGUGUAGCCCAGGUAUCUGAAGUCUUUGAGGCUUUGUUGCGGUGUUAUAUGAAAUCAAGUAUACUGACCCUUUUUUCUGAACCCUGAAUUUAUUUUCUUUGCAAUUAACAAACUAUGCUCUGUUGUUCAUGGAUUUUUGUUGGUUUUUUUUUCUAUUUCAUUGAGCUAUUAAAAUGCCAGCUAUCAACAGUG